GUGUGUGUGUGUGUAUGUGUAUAGUCGCCUCGUCGCCGCCGCCACCGCUGCCGUCGCUGCCGUCUCCGUGAUCGCAACCGUGAUAUUUGUACCGUGAAGCGCCGCACGGCCAGUACAAUGGAGUUACGCGUUGGUAACAAAUACCGACUUGGAAGGAAAAUCGGGAGCGGCUCCUUCGGCGACAUUUACCUAGGCACCAAUAUUUCCACGGGUGAGGAAGUUGCUAUCAAGUUAGAAUGCAUAAAAACACGGCAUCCACAGCUGCACAUAGAAUCCAAAUUUUACAAGAUAAUGCAAGGAGGUGUUGGAAUACCAACUAUAAAAUGGUGUGGAUCAGAAGGUGACUAUAAUGUGAUGGUGAUGGAAUUACUCGGGCCAUCACUGGAGGACUUAUUUAAUUUUUGUUCGAGACGUUUUUCUUUGAAAACAGUACUGCUCCUUGCCGAUCAGUUGAUAAGUAGAACAGAUUACAUUCAUAGCCGCAACUUUAUUCAUCGUGAUAUUAAACCGGACAACUUUCUGAUGGGUCUGGGAAAGAAGGGGAACCUUGUCUACAUUAUCGACUUUGGAUUGGCUAAAAAGUAUCGCGAUGGGCGCACACACAAACAUAUACCGUAUCGAGAAAACAAGAAUCUGACGGGCACGGCUAGAUACGCGAGUAUAAAUACACACUUAGGGAUCGAGCAGUCACGGCGAGACGAUCUUGAAUCUCUGGGCUACGUGCUUAUGUACUUCAAUAGGGGUAGUCUGCCUUGGCAGGGGUUGAAAGCGGCGACCAAGAGACAAAAGUACGAGCGUAUUUCCGAGAAGAAAAUGUCUACUCCCAUAGAAGAACUUUGCAAAGGUUACCCGUUAGAGUUUGCGUCGUAUCUAAGGUAUUGUCGAGACUUGCGUUUCGAGGAAAGGCCGGAUUAUUCGCACCUCCGACAGCUCUUCCGAACGCUGUUCCACGGACAGGGCUUCACUUACGACUACGUCUUCGACUGGAAUAUGCUGAAGUUUGGUAACGCGAGACAACCAACGUUACCUUCUGCGCAGCAAGCGCCUAUGCACUCGCAGCCGUCCAACGCGGCGCUGCCCUCUGGGACCAACAACGAUCAGGAACAUCGAUCAAGGCCCUACACUCGACAAUGUUUACCAAACGCGUCCGUAGCGACGGUGGGACCGACGCUUGGACCGAACGCGAGUCUGAGAGCCAUCCGGCAGAAGCGCGAAAUGGAGACUCACGGCGACCAAGACAAUCAGGACAAGAGUGAUCUUCAAGCGUCGGGUGCGGGUGGCCAAGAGCGAAGGGUCAGCAUGCGGUUGCACCGUAGAGACGCGCUUCUUGCCGCUGCAGGAGAAAUGCAGCCCAAGUCCAAUUUUGGAAGCGCCAAUGCGGUGGUAAUCGCCCCACAUGCCCUGAUGGUCAGGGAAGCGUACAAGCGGGCAAGCGUGCAACACAACAAGUGAAUCAGCAGCAGCAAUAGCGGAAUUAUCAACGUCAUCAUUAUCAGCAGCAGCAGCAGCAGCAGCAGCAACAGCAACAACAGAAGCAGCAGCAGCAGCAGCAACAACGUCACCACCCGUCGAGGGCGGCCGCCUGCGAUCACCGCGACGACCGCUGCGGUAUGGUGUUCCCGCCUGCUGAUGGCCGUUGAGCUCGCGCGUGAUGUCGCGCGAUGACGAUCAGCUGGUGCACAGUGACGCGACGCUAUCACGACUCUCGCGCGACCCCGCGGGGUCACACACACACACACACACACACACACACACACACACACACACACACACACAUACACACACACACACACACACACACACACACACACACACACACACACACAUACACACCGACCUGGGAUAUCAAGUGUGAACAAUGGUCUCGACGUAGUGGUUGGUGGUGGUGGUGGUGGCGGCACCUGUGGUUGCGCGAAGUCCGCGAGGAAGGCCCUCCUCGCGGGGGUAGCGAAAUUCGGCCGCGACUCCUCGUGUCCAGUGGACGAACGAUGAAGGAAAAGACGAGGACAGGAAAAGGCUUGUCGUUUGUGUCGGAAGUGUGCGUUGAAGCCUCUUCCCGAGAAGCGGAAGAACGUGCGCGUUGCAACGGUGCGCGGCUCCGUCGCCGCACAGUAAACAAGAUUCUCAGGCGGAUCACACAACCCGGCCACGAGAGGAUUGUCUCUCCCCAGCGACGAUCGGAGCGAUCGUCUGAGAAGUGGAGAACGCUCUCUCGGCGGCGAUAUCGGACGCGAAAAGUGGACGCUUAAAUCGUGUGAGAACCGUAUCGUGUCUCUCCCUUGCGUAGGACGAUGAAGCGCGAUCGGAGCAAUCGCAAAUGUACAGUACGCGGCUUCGAUGAUGGGGGAAUUCUCGCAGUUGUUCGUUAACAUAUACACGUACGUGCGAGCGAGCGCGCGCGCGCACGCACGCACACACACACACACAUGCAUACACACACAAGAUAAACAUAAUACUUUCGAUUUUCAUUGUUCGCGAUGAGCUAUCGGACUCUGGCUGGCUUUGCUUCCUCUGAAUUCGAAUCUCAUAGAUUUCUAUUCGUAAAUCAUAGGAGAACAACGGAAUACCGCGAAACUAAUAAUAUUCGUCGAGACUUCAGUGGCGUUGCAAUCCGUUCCCGAAAGAUCGGCUCUUGUCGAACGGCGAUAGCGGAACGGUCGAAACAGAAUGCGUGUUUUGAAUUUACGAGCGAGGGAGAGCGAAAGAGAGAGAGAGAAGCUGCGACGAUUCGUUGAAGAUUAUAUUUCGUAUACGUAAUAAUUCACAAAUAUACGACGACGUGUAUUCUAUCUGUAAAUUCGUAUGUUCUAUAACUUUUGAAGAGACUUUUCGUUUUCUUUGUCAUGUCGCAUGAAUUGUGAUUCAUCAGACUUGUUCGUCUGAUCGUGCGUUCACUGACAGUGGGAUACUACCCUCGUGCAAUGUCGUUCGACACUUUCACGAGACGUAAGCCACGCAAGUGUGAACGUAUGCAAAUUCGACACGACUUUGAACCCUCUGUCCCGUUCCAUCCGAUACUUCCGGCUCCGGAUAUAUAUUUGUAUAAAUGUAGAAAUAUCUCGUCGUGUGUAAGUCGCGAAGUGAGACGCGAUGUACAUAGGCGAAACGCGUCGCUAGUAGUUGAUCAGCGGGCGAAGCUGUCAGCGGAUUUUUGCACAAAAGAAGCGAGAGACAGGGAAAGGGAGAGAGAAAGAAUACGACAUCAAUUUUCAGGCGAUCCACGGGGCGAGGUAGCUCCCUGCUGGGAAAAGAUCAAAGCGCAGUCAUGGUGAGAGUCGGACGAACAUGGUGGUGAAAAUUUCGCCAAGAGCGCGUGAUCGACGUAACAUCGAGAACGCAGUGCGUGCAAUUUGUGUGCCGUGGCUCUCGGGAUGAAUCUCGCUUCAGCCCCGCCCGAAUUAACGAAAAAAAGAAGAAAAAAGAAAAACAAAAAUCAUCCAAUAACGCGUUCACGCGUUCGAGAAGAUGAUUCGCCGCGCUCGUCGCGCCGCGAAUUAUUUUCCUUGCGACCUUAGAGUGAUGCCGCGAAUCCUUUUCUACCGCGAGACAAGAGAAAGAAAGGAAAGCUGUCGCUGAAUUGACCGCUCAACCCGAUCCACGGUACUACGCCGGCGUAAUGCCAAAGUCGUUAUCUUUUUUCGCUAAAAAGCUCUAGUUAAACGAUCAUACAGAACGUAGUACAACAGGCACGCAAGAAGGCGGGGAAGUACGUCUAGUUGUAGGGACAAUUUGUUCGGUUGUGUUAGAUAGUAAGAAGAAAAACGUGAUUGCGAGUUUCCGAGGCGCCGAGAGAGAGAUUCUUUCAUCAGCAUCGAUCGGGCGUACUGUACACAGCAGGUGGGCGGCGGUUGCGGAAGCGGUGGCGGUGGCGGUGGCGGUCGUGGCGAUGGUGGUAGUAGUGAUGAUAGGAGCAGUUGUAAUAGUAGUAAUAACGGUAGUGGCGGUGGUGGUGGUGAUAGUAGUAGUAAUAGUAGUAGUAGUAGUAGUGAUAGUAGUAGUAGUGGUGAUGGUGAUGGUAGUGGUAGCAGUAAUAGUAAUAGCAGAGCAGUAGUAGCAAUGGUAGCAUAUCGGUAAUAGUAGAGUAGCGGUAGUAAUAGUGAUAUUAGUAGUAGUAUAGUGGCGGUAAUAAUAAUAAUAACAGUAGUAGUAAAAUAGUAAUGUUAAUGCCAGCAGUGGUAGUGGUAGGAAUUGUGACACGAGUCACACACGCGUUCGCCGUAUUGUUACCGUAAUUUCGAAGUGGCGAGAGAAGCAGGAAUUUCGUCAAACGUGACGCAACGCAUCGUUUAUCAGUAUAGAUGUGACGUCUCUCCGGCCCGUGAUACAAAUCACUCGCACCCUUCUCUUUUGCACGAUAACAAUGCUAAUCGUGAAGGUAAAAGAAAAAAGAGAGGAGAAAGCAAACGAUUUAACGCACGCUCGAAUUGGUUCUGUUCACUGACUGUUGCUUCCCUCUUCUCUUAAUUCUUCUAAUUCCUCCACACACAACAGCAUACUUGAAGGACAUCCUAUCUUCCCUCUUUUUUGAGACUUUUUUGAAACAUGCGUGUUGUGCCCUUCUUAUUUUUUUCUCUCAUUUCUUUCGAAAAAAAUCAACUGGGAUGAAUGAAGAUAUUGUCUCAUGACUGUCGAAAAAGUAAAAAACGCGUAGGAAGGAAUUCGAUGAACACAAUUCUGCUAACGUGUGUGUCUCCGAUGUUUGUAGGUUUAUGUGCGUGGUGUGUGCAUGCGUGAAUGCUUGUUAGUGCAUCCAGUUAGGUGGGAAUGUUUAGCAAGAGUGUGAAGAGGGGAGUAGUAAUGGGAUAAAGAAGAUGAGUAAGGUUCCUGGCUGCCCGCAUGCCUGCCUGCCUGCCUGCUCACCUGCCUGUCCACCUGCCUGCCUGCCUGCCUACCUGGCUUACUCGUGUCCAACAAAUACCAAGAGGAGACGCGUCGUCUUCUGCCGCGUUUAUACAGUAAACCGUAUUUGUAUUUCGCACUUAACAUUGGACACAACCAUCCGAUGUCGUAUUUCAUUUGGCUUGUAUGAAAAUAAAGCGCAAUUUUUCAUUUUUCUCACGCUAUAGCUGCGCGAUUUUAAACGUGGGACACGAAUUGGAAACUUUCGAAUCUGAAUCUCGUUCAAUUGUUUAAUUGUUCAUUAUGAUCGUUUGCACCAGCGGCGCGCGACCAAACUGUCGGUUUCUUUUUUUUUCUACUGAUAUCGCGCUCGAGAAGAACUCUUUUCCUUGUAUUUAUAUUUAUGAGAGAGUAGAACUUAUAUAUUUUUAACUAUCUGUCUUUCUCUCUCUCUCUCUCUCUCUCUCUCUCUCUCAACGCGUCUCAUUCAAGUUGUUCCUCGUUCGUUGUUUGGAAAAGUCUGAACGAUUCGCGCCAGAGAUCAAGAGGAAUCGUCUGACGUCUCGUUCCUAAUUAUUUCCUUAGUUUUAGGAUAUGUUGGUCUGUCCUGAUAUUACAAGUCCUACGUUUCUGUAUAUAAAAAUUCGUGAUAUUGUAUAGGGAAUUGCCAAUAUAAUACUACUAGUACUCUAAGUAAUCGGAACGCUUACAUUAUCAACAGCAGGAGAAUAUCGUUCGCAUGAUGUUGUUGACUUCUCAUGUCAAUUCGAGAUAUAAUCGCGCAACUUUGACACGGCAAAAAUGGAAGAACAUAGGACGCAGCACGCAAACCAAAGAAGGAGAGUAGCGUGAAUACGUGCGACCAUUGAUGGAAGCAAAGAAACAUUGCGAUUACUUAUAGAAUAAUAAAUACAAAUACACGGCGUAUUUGAUCCUCUGCACGAAGAAUCGCACGAUUUUUCUGCAAUAGACAAACGCGUAUGUUUAUUUUGUUCAUCUCACUCGACGAAAUUUCCGUACCAGUGCGUCGCAGCAGUUUGUAUCCCCAUGCGCAGCAGGAAGAGAAGUCGAUCAUUUGCGCGCUAUCGUAACGAUAUAUAAACAGCAAAUGAAAAUCCAAUCGUUCCCUCUUAAUAAUUCUUCGUCCUACUUUCUUCCACUCUCUUGUCUCUACCUUUCCUCUUUCCUCUUUCGGUUUUCUUCCUACUAUAUCUCGUGCAAUGUAGCUUCGCAUAUUGAAGUAGAGAAAACUUGAAGUAGAUAAAAAUUAUACACAACCAUACACGGAUACGAUGUUUUUUUAUGUAUUUUUGUAGAGACUACUACCACCACUACUACCACUACCAUCACCACUAUUACUACCAUUACGUUAUCACCACCACCACCACCAUUACCACUAUUACUAUUGCUACUAUUACUAUUACUACUACUACUACUACUACUACUACUACUACUACUACCAUUACUAGAAAUGAUAAAAAUAUUACUACAACUAUUAUCAUUAAUGCCGCUGCUACUAUUGCAAACGAACUUGUGUAUUAUAUCUGGCAUAGUCGAAUUAUAUUCGGAACGAUCGGGACUGGCGAUCUGGGCUGGGUCGAGGACGAAGCAACAGUACGGCUGGUUUUAGUGUAACUGCCGCGUAUUCUGUUUCAUCACAUUGUACCGAGUCUCUUCUUUCUUUUCUUCUUUUUUUUUUGCAAAUGAACGGCAUCGGGCUGCAACGCGAAUUAGUUAACUAAAACCCGUUUCCAUUUCUAUGACACAUUUUGAGCUGACAUCGUUCCUUCAAGCUUCACGAUAAUGAUAUUUUCAUUACCUCAUGACAUCAAAAUUAAAUAUAACGCAGAGUGAGUAAGCGGUGGCAAACGUUACGAUAGUGUAACAAAUAAGGCCUGUAACAUUUCUCAUUUACGUUUCUAUUGGAUUACAAUCGUCCUCAUGUGUAUGCUACAUCCAAUGUAGCACACUCUCAAUUAAAAUAGAACUGCUCUCUCGUAAGGAAUGGUAAGCUGUAAAUACACUUUUUACAAGAAAAAAGUGAACCUUCUAAUCUACUAUAACUCGAUAUUUAUGAAGCCGUAGGAUUUGUCGAUACAGCUGCUGUAAAUACUAUCGUGCUGUAAUGUUGUGUAAUUAUCUUAAGGGUUUGCUUCAGCUUCAUGAUUACUUUACGUAACAGUAACAUUGAUUUAACAGGAAAUCCGAGACUGGAUACUUUCCUCCUCGAACCGUCUUCUUCUCAUUUCUCCUUCGGACGUAUUCCAUUAGUCCGCCCGAAAAAAAGUUUUCUUGAGCCGACAGCGUUAUUACGAUAGUUACCAAACUUCUGCCCGCCAUGUCGAGGGAAUCACCAUUGCGCACUCCCCGAAUUAUCGCUCCUUUCUCGCGAUUGUCUUCUUUCUCCGCAUUAUUAGAAGAUGAUACGCAUGUUAACGUUACUUAUCGCAAUGUGUAAUCCGUCGUUAUAUACACGUUGAGAAAUGUUAAUCUUGGAAACUAUUUUGAUAGUGAUACACAAAUUGCAUGCACUUGUACAUACGAUAACUCGUCGUCGCGAGUAAUUUGUGGCUUUAAUUUGUGGCUCGCUUGCUGCAUACAUGCGAGAACGCGGUCAUGGAUGUUGGAUCGAGGGAAUUCCGUGCGUAUGUUGCCAUUUUCUUUUUUUUUUCGUUAUGAAAGAGGACAAAUAAAAAGCACUGCCAGCGCGAGCGAAAGUUCUUGCGUUUCCCCAUCACGACUGAGCAGACACGCGGUAAACACAGAACUUGGACCCGUUGCUUCGUCCUCCGUGGGUUAUCGCAAACUCGCCGGGCGAUCAACAAAUUCUGUCGAGAUGAACGAUACUAUGUCGCAGGGAGCGGCGAUGUAAUUCCUCCUCUCGCGCUUUCUUCUUUUCAUUCGUUCGCGCGGUUUGCACGGCCGCGGGGACCAGCUGAAGAAUGACGAGGAUGCGUCUUCAGUUCUGCUAAUAUGAAACAUUAAAUCAAGAUUCGUUACUUAUAUUACAUUUGCAAAGUCUAUUCAAACUGCAAUUUAUCUCGCAGAAAGCUCGCUUUCACAUGUGUAUAAGCGCACACACCAACAAAUGAUAUUCUUGACGACUUCUAAUGAAUCAGGACUCCAGAAUUCGCCUUCUUGUUCAAUAUUAUUAUUAACAGAUGUUUCGUCCCAUGAGUUAUAAUAUUUUGUCAAGACUCGCCUGUGGACUGAAAUAUUUUACGGGAGGACAUUUCAAAGGACAUUUGAAAGAAUCUAAAGUCAAUUCCAUCAUAUUUUUUAAAGGGGUAAACUGUUGAAUAGAUAUAUUAUGUGUGUGUGUUUUAACGUUAUAAAAUCUAUUUACUCAGUAAAAAGUUUGUCAUCGCGUGAAGAGUUAUACUAAUUCCUGUCUGAGAACGAAAUUGAUCUCCGGACUACUUGACAGCAUCCUUAAUGGCUAAAUAUUUGUUUCCACAUCCUGCGGCUGGUCUUGCGUUUCGGGCCGCAACGAAGACGCAAACCACCGCGCGUAAAACUAUAACUAUCAAGCGAGGACGUAUUCUUUUUUGUUGCGCGAUUGUGAAUCAUAGUUAUGAAUCGUACAUAUUUGUUCCACUGGCCUAGGGAAGCUUUCGCGAAUACGUACGUGACGAGUUCUGCAAGCACGUGGGAGUUGACAGAUACAUGAAGAAACCUCCAAUCCGUUUAAAAGGAACAGCGAAUGGCUCCGAUAGCCUCCCUCGGCGAUAGGAUGUCACGACGAUUAUGGUAUGUGUUGAUGAUAAUUCGCGAUCAAUGUAUUCUAAGUGUACUAAUCGUACUAUCACGACGAACAGUUUGUAUAUGUAUAUAUAAUUACUCUUAUAAUCUAUUGAGGCAAGAAGAACAUUUAUAGUAAUGUGCAAAUGUGCUUGUGGUAGAGGCAAGAAGGAGUAUGCCCAUGUACGGACGUAACCAGAGAGAGAGAGAGAGAGAGAGAGAGAGAGAGAGAGAGGGAGAGAGAAAGUAUGUGUGUGUGUGUAUGUGUGUGUAAAAAAGGAGAGAUUUUGGUAAAAAGAGUCCGAUAAAGCCGACAAGAUUAUGAUAAAACCGAAAGAAUUACUAAAUAUUAUAAAUAUUAUAAACUCUCUUUGUGUACUAUAUGACUAAAAAAAACAAACAUACCUAUAAUUGGAGCGUUUUGGUAAGUGCGAAAGAGACAGAGAGAGAGAGAGAGAGAGAGAAGAGAAAGAGGAAAAAGAAGAAUGUGUGGAAUAGUGUGGUGUGUUCGACAUAAUAGUUUCUCAGUUGCUUUUGUAUUUGUACUUCGUUUUGGCUUGGCGAGAAAAUUCGAAAUACGAGUCGAGAUACGAGUUGAACGAUGCGAUCAUUAACCCAUGUACAUUCGCAAUCAAUGUCUUUUCUUCGUUUGGGACAAUGUAGAGAGGUUUUUUCGGAAAAUUUCCAUGAUUCGAUAUAUAUACACACAAACAAUUGACCUAUUAUUUAAUUUCUUUAAAAAUUUACUCCCUACAUUCAACACGUAUUCUUUUUAUACUUAUUAAGAGAAAACAUUUGUCUCUCUACAUAUUAUAUGUCGAUGGCUUUGGAUCAGUUAUUAUUAGUUAUUUAUUUGUUCUAUUCACGGACACAGAAUAAAUUGUUGUAAAGAGAAAUGUAAAUGGGUUAAUGUCUGUGCGCCUUCUUCGUUGCAUCGCACUGUAAUUUCCUUCUAUUGCAUCCCCCAUCCUUAUUGAUCAAAAAUCAUCGUGACCGAUCAUUUUUAUGUAUAGUAGGCGGCAGAACUUAUAUUUGUAUUAACGUAUAUAUCGCAUCUUUGCCUAAGAACAGUGAACUAUUUUGAAUUGUAACGAGAAAGGGCAAAAAAAGAAGGAAUAGAGGAAAGAAGAGAAGAGAGAGAGAGAGAGAGAGAGCGCAAGGGCGUGAAACGGCAAGAAAAAUACUUUCUGCCUGUUGAUCUGCAAUAAAUUGCAAAUAUAAUAAUUGUAUAAAUUAAAGCUAUCGUUCACACUUCUUAACAACGUUCGUGGUAUUACAAAGGUCACGUCGCACGAGACAAGCAACGUUAUUUAUAACUUUAUCUUCAUCUUGCCCUCCAUUCUGUGGACGAAACUGUGUAGUUAAAAAAAAAAUAAGUAAAAAAACAGUUGACGUGUGAUACGAAAUACGGUAUGGCGUUACAGCUCACUGAAGUUUCGACCCGGAGGAGCAGGUGAAAGUUACGAUUACGAGUUGUUUAGUGCAUUUUAUCAGUCGAAAAACUCAUUGUCUCGACGCGAGUAGCGCAAGCCUGCUUUGAGAAUAAAAAGAAGUGUAUUGCCGCGUGACGGUGCUGUUUAGACAUGUUUCGCGAUUGGAAAGAUAAUUACGGGAGGCUACGUAUCUUAAUUAAGUUCGCGCUUCGCAUUCGAUACUUGGUUCAUAUCGAUAUAGUGUCUCUAACCAUGCAUGCAACGAGGUUGAAAUGUACGUCGUCAUGGAAGCGGCAAGUCGAGAAAAACAAA